AUGAUAAAGGGUGAAGUUGUUGUCUCGUCGGCUUCUGCAACUUCCGCCGUUGAGGAGCUUGGUGGUCCAAGUAGGCUUGUUGCGGCCGAAGAGGUUCCGGCUGUGGCGGUUUCAGGGAGUUGUGAAACAGAGAAAGCAGCAGCUACUGAUGAAGGUUUUCUAAUUGAAAUCGAGUGUACAUUUGGGGAUUCAACUGUCGUCUUUCCUUUCACCUGGAGAAUGGGUUCAGGGACUGUUCUUCAGGCACUUCGUGCGGCUUGCUUGCUUGCCUUGGACGUUCCUUUGGAUGAUGAUGUGAACCUGUACGAUCGUAACGGGGUUGUGCUGCGCUUCGAGGAGGAUACGUGUCAAAGGUUGAAGGGCGUUCUUCAGUCAGGCCGCACGCGAGUCGGUCUUGUGCUGUGGACGGGUCACCCCUGUACCACGGGCCUGCCGCUGCAGUGCUGUGUCACGUGGUGCCUGCAACAGGUUGUUAUGGUCUGCGUUGUGGAGCCGGAGAACGCGUUGAGGGAUCUGCGACAGGCGAUCCUGGAAGAGUACGAUGCGGGCUCCAGCACCGCCAUUGAACUUCACUUUUUCUUGACGAAUAACGAGGAGGCGGCGGCAGAGACGGAGUUGACGGAGAGCGGAGCUUACGCGCAGCUCAAGGCUGCCUCACGUGACGGAGAGCUGGUGAACAUUAGCGUGGUAAGCCCCAAUCGAUCUCCGCCGUGGCGGUCGGUGGGACGAAGGCUCUCCGCUGCCGCCGCCGCCUUUGCGGAGGAGGUCUUGCACGUGCUUGGAGAUCGUUUCCAUUCGCAGGAUGUGCUAAAAAUAUUUGAAGAGUGUCGUGACAAGGCAGGACCGUUUGACAAUGACGCGAAUGAUUUUCUGACGCUCAUCGCCGUGAUGCUCUCCGACCCCCGCACCAUGACGCUGGAGAGCUUGACGUCGCUCCUCGUAAAGACGGCGUUGUCGUGUGGCGAGGAGGGGGUGAUUGACGUCCUGGGGUGCUGCGCGGUGAUGGCGCAGCUGCGUGCGGCUCGUCGACCAUUUGAGGUGCUCAAGCGUUUCUUUCGGCGACUCUACAACUCAACGCAGAUCCCGGAGGGGGCGCAGGGUAUCCCGCUUGCGAUGGUUACGCGCCAGCUGGCGCAGGCGGGGCUACGUGAUGCGAAGGGGUUGCUGCGGCGCGACCGCACAAUUCUGGCGGAGCUGCAGGAGAAGGAUUACACGGAACUCUGUUUGCGGCUUUACUACACAGAUGCCAAGGUGGUGUCUCGCGCGGCCGUGGCUGCGCGUAUGUCUGGCAUAAGCAAGCUAAGAAGCCGGCGUGCCAUGACAAGGAGGGAGCAAGAGUUGCUGCAGAAAGACUACAUGCACGAAAUUCGACAUGCCCUUGACGGAAUACGGUCUUCGGAUGUGACGAAGUUCCUGCUGACUCAAGAACUGCACCCUGAGCCACGAUUUCACUGCUUGCUGAGUCUCGUGGGGUCGCUGUUAGCUAGCCACCCUGUGCAGCACCCCAGCCACUGGCUUGUAGAGCGCUUCCGAGGAAAAAUGUCGGAUGCCAUGGACGCCAAGAUACGCACCUUUGAGGAUUCCAUGGUGACGACGCCGCUGCUCUACCGCCUCUGCUGGGACGUGCUGAAACCAGAGCUGCAUCAUCUUUCACUUCUUCCCGAGUCUCAGGUGGCAAGUGCCCUCGCCUACUGGGCCUUUUUCGCCGUUCAGUUACUGUGCGCCAACCGUUGCUUGGAAUUCCCACCUGUGCCGUUGGUGGAUUUGCAGCAGUUCUCGCCGGUGGGGCUACCGAUUUCACCGGUGGUCCUUGCAAGGAAUGGGGUUGUAGGUGGUGUUGCCCCCGCCGCUGCUGCCGGCGGUGGCGUUGGCGCUGGCCCCGCCGCCGCCUCCCCGCUCUGCCCAAAGAAGCCGAAGCUCAAGUACAAGUACAGUUACCUCUGCCACGACCUGCGCCGGCAUCCUGGGCGUCCGCGUCCGCUAAAGUAG